GUUUACCUUCAUUUUCUUCAUUGGGUUUAUGGCGAGAGAGUGAAUCUAGACGGAUAUAGCUUCGCAUAUACUCUUUACGACCUGGACUUGAGGAAGGCAGUCCGAGACUGUUGACAGCUACCUCCGCACUCCACAUGGAGUCCACCACAAUGCAGCAGCGGCGCGAGGAAAUCCUCGCAAAGAAGGCCAAGCUCGAAGAGUUGAAGCGGCAGCGCCUGCUGCGGAAGGAACAAAACCAGGCCCGGCAGUCGAUAGGAAGCCCGUCGCCAUCAGAAGUCCUACAACCGACGCCGCGGCGCACAGAUAACGAUAAACGCGACUUAGAUGAUCUCAUAUACAACCUAGUCGGGGUCGGGGGCAGCCGCCCCAACUCUACGCAACCAGGCUCCCCCGCCGGCGGACGAGCGACGAGGCCACAUUCAGUGAUCAGCGCGAGCCAGCUUAGCAGCGAUGGCGAGGCACCGGCUUCUACGUCAUAUCAAGUGCCCGUGUCGGGAAUGGUGGAUAGAGAGAUGCAGACGCUUUCUAUAGCCCCGCUAGCUACGGUCUUCGAAUACGAUGGCAAUGAAGUGCACGCCUCGAAGAAGGAGAAGGAAGUCAUCACAUACAGCAAGGGCGUACAAGCGAGCAUAGACUGGAGUCCGCCGAAGUCAAGGGGAGCCGGUGGAAGCGACUCAGAGAGAGAUGAGAGUCCGACGCGGUCACCGCGGGCGAGCAAGCGGUUGAGCCGGAGGCAGAAAGAGAGGGAUGAGGAGAUUCGUGCGCAGUUGAAGAAGGAGAUCGAGGAGGAGGUUAGGGCGGCACAGAAAGCGGCAGAGGCCGGAGAGAUACAGGCGGGCUCGAAGGAGAAUUAUCCGUUCAAGACGCUCAACAAUGAGGAGUUGACCGCAGUGGAGAACUCAGACGACUUCAUUGAAUUCGUAGAGAGGAGCACCAAGGUGCUGGAGAGAGCGCUGGACCAGCAGCUUGAUUACGAUAUCCUGGCCGACUACGCACACGGAGGCUUGGAUGUGGACGAGGAAGACGAGGGCUAUGGAUCAAGCGGAGCAAAGAGGGGACGGCGGAUAAAGGAGAUCGCGCAGUUCUGGGAUGAGCGGUGGAGCAAGAAGAGGAUGAUUUCGGAUCUGGGCUUCUCUACAAAGUUCCCAGAACUCGUCCUCGCUUCAUACACUAAGAAUCCCUCCGCUCCCCACGAUCCAGACGGUCUCAUUCAAGUCUGGAAUCUCCACAUGCACGACCGCCCCGAAUACAUCUUCCACGCGCAGUCCGACAUCCUCACCGCGAAGUUCUCUCCCUUCCAUCCAAACCUCAUCAUUGGCGGCGCAUACUCAGGGCAGGUGCUUCUUUGGGACACGCGCGCAAAGUCGUCUCCCGUGCAGAAGACGCCGCUCACGGGGUCCGGCCAUACGCAUCCGGUAUACUCACUGGAUAUUGUCGGAACGCAGAACGCAAACAAUAUCAUCUCCGCAUCGACGGACGGUGUGGUGUGUGGCUGGACAGUCGACAUGCUCUCACAACCCCAGGAAUUUCUCGAACUGACUUCACCUCCGCCGGCGAAGACGGAUGACAUGGCAGUGACAUGCAUCGCCUUUCCGCAAUCCGACCCGACGUACUUUCUCGCAGGCACAGAAGAAGGGUCAAUCUAUCCCUGCCACCGCUACGACCGCGCUGGUGCAAAGGCGGGUGUCGACGGACGCGUCAAGUACGCAGGGCACGCUGCGCCAGUAAUGAGCUUAGACUUCCACCCAGCAAAAGGUCAAGUCGAUCUUGGUGAUCUCGUCCUGAGCUCGUCCGUGGACUGGAGCGUCAAGCUCUGGAAAGUACGACCGCCAGCUGCAACAGGCCCUUCGAACGCCUCCGCCCCUGGGGCCGCCCAGCAAGUCACCCCAAUCUUGGACAUUGCCCGCGAAGACCUCGUCUAUGACGCCCGCUGGUCGCCCGUCAAGCCCUCCGUCUUCGCACUCGUUGACGGAGCAGGUAGCCUCGAGGUCUGGGACAUCAACGUCGAUGUUGAAGUCCCUGUGCAGAAAGUCACGCCUAGUGAUAGUAAGAGGGGCGCUUUUGCAAGCAUGCCGAGUGGUCUGGGCUACAUGAACAGGAGUCUAAAUAAGUUGGCUUGGGAGAGGAAUGAAGGGAAAAGGGUUGCAGUUGGCGGUAUGGAUGGCGUGGUUACCGUGUUUGAGGUGGGCGGCGACUUAGGUGGCAUGGAGACGAGGGGCGAGGAGUGGAGUGGAGUCAAGAGGUUGGUAGGAAGAUUGGAGGCGGUGGGCGAGGGUGUGAAUGGGAAGUAGGCGCCCACAACGCGUCUGGAGAGCGGCUUGGAAGGACCACACUGGCCCUCGAACUGAAGGGCGAAUGGGUGGUGAUUUUGAGGCUCAGAUCGAUUUGGUGCGUACUUUCGCUCGAGCAUUUCCUGGUGUCUGUGGUCCUGGGCGACAUACCCCUUCAUACCAUUAUUGCGAAUUUGAUUUUUCUAUGUCUUCUAAUGCUAUCUUUCCAGCGCCUUCCGAUGCUGAUUUCGUGUCCGUUUCCUAUCCGUUGCCUAUCCAUGUCCUAUCAUCAUAACAUACUCCAUGCCCAUUACAUUCGGCCCUGCCGUUGCUCUAGUUUGCGUCAGCUUCUUUCUCGAACCCUGGCAGUUUCGUGGUCACUCACUUCACCUCAUCGAUUACUUCUUCAUCCCCAUCCCCACUGAGAGCCUCUUAAAUCUCGCGGACUCAUAGCACAAACACACCCGCGGCCCCCGCCAACGCCCCCGCAAUCCCCAUUCUCACAUACCCCGUCGG